AUGAUGGACAGUUUCCUCAAAGGGCUCAGGAGGCUCCACAUCUGCACACCUUCCCUCUCCACCUCUGACCUACUCCAUCCUCAACCAAACACCAGAACCAUGACCUGCUGUGGCUGUUCAGGAGGCUGUGGCUCCAGCUGUGGAGGCUGUGGCUCCAGCUGUGGGGGCUGUGGCUCCAGCUGUGGGGGCUGUGGCUCCAGCUGCUGCUGCAAGCCUGUGUGCUGCUGCAAGCCUGUGUGCUGCUGUGUGCCUGUCUGUUCCUGCUCCAGCUGUGGGGGCUGUGGCUCCUGUGGGGGCUGCAAAGGUGGUUGUAGUUCCUGUGGGGGCUGCAAAGGUGGUUGUAGCUCCUGUGGGGGCUGCAAAGGUGGUUGUAGUUCCUGUGGGGGCUGCAAGGGAGGCUGUAGCUCCUGUGGGGGCUGCAAAGGUGGUUGUAGUUCCUGUGGGGGCUGCAAGGGAGGCUGUAGCUCCUGUGGGGGCUGCAAAGGUGGCUGUAGCUCCUGUGGGGGCUGCAAAGGUGGUUGUAGUUCCUGUGGGGGCUGCAAGGGUGGCUGUAGCUCCUGUGGGGGCUGCAAAGGUGGUUGUAGUUCCUGUGGGGGCUGCAAGGGAAGCUGUGGCUCCUGUGGGGGAUGUGGCUCCUGUGGGGGCUGUAAGGGAGGCUGUUGUCAAUCCAGCUGUUGCAAGCCCUGCUGCUGCCAGUCCAGCUGUUGCCAGUCCAGCUGCUGCAAGCCCUGCUGCUGCCAAUCCAGCUGUUGUAAGCCCUGCUGCUGUCAGUCCAGCUGCUGCAAGCCCUGCUGCUGCCAGUCCAGCUGUUGUAAGCCCUGCUGCUGUCAGUCCAGCUGCUGCAAGCCCUGCUGCUGCCAGUCCAGCUGCUGCAAGCCCUGCUGCUGCCAGUCCAGCUGCUGUGCUCCUGUGUGCUGCCAGUGCAAGAUCUGA